CCAUCCUUCUCUGUGACCAUCAAAAUGAGCGAGAAGACGCCCGAACCAUUCUACGUUCGCUACUACUCUGGACACUCCGGUAGAUUCGGCCAUGAGUUCUUGGAAUUCGACUUCAGAGUGGUAGGCGACGGCCGUUCCGCUCUCGCACGAUAUGCAAACAACUCCAACUAUCGGAAUGAUUCCCUCAUUCGAAAAGAGAUGUGCGUAAGCUCACUCAUGGUGGACGAGAUUAAGCGCAUCAUCAAAGAUAGUGAGAUUUUGAAGGAGGAUGAUACAAAGUGGCCGCAAAAGAACAAGGAUGGCAGACAGGAGCUGGAGAUUCGCAUGGGAGGCGAGCACAUUUCCUUCGAGACCGCAAAAAUUGGCUCCCUGGUCGACGUCAACGAAUCCGAGGAUCCAGAGGGCUUGCGGGUGUUCUACUACCUCGUGCAAGACUUGAAAGCUCUGGUCUUCUCGUUGAUCUCACUUCACUUCAAAAUCAAGCCUAUCUAGGUGGCCGCUGCCAGAUCUGGAAAUUAUACAACAUUGUCCAGUUCGUUCGCAUCAAGACCUUGCUACCGAAUGUGGCCUGAAGGAGUCCACGCCGCUGGACCCGCCGAGAAUAGCCGACCGAAUGGCUCGCAGGCGCAUGGUGAAAGGUCGUAAUGAAGUCACUCCCAUAGAGACAUUGGUACAAUGAGAGAUGAAGUCGAUGAUACCAAUGGAAGAUCCGCUGUUGUCGAAUGGUGGGUAUCCGCCCUGCGAUCUCGGCGCAGGAAUGUUACAGAGACAUGCAACAAGCACUUCAACUGAGGCUCUCAAAAUU